CCCAGUCAUGGCCACACGACUGGUCCAGUGUGUGGUGAAAAGGAACAGCCACAGGUUGUUGCCAUGCGCUCCUGCCACGGCUCUGGUGUACUGCAGGGGUGCAGGAGGCACCUCCUCCCCCUCUGUGGACCUCUCCAGAUCCAGGAAUGAACCUCGGACAAUUAAGGACCUCCCACGCGUCACCCUCUUGGAGCUUUUAUACAGAAUGGUGUUUCAGGGGUACUCCUACUCUAUGCAUGAGCUACAGAUAUAUGAGAAGGAGCUAUAUGGGCCAAUAUACAUCACAGCGUUUAAAUCGGUGUCACUGAGCAGUGCUAAACUGGUUGAGGAGAUCCUGAGGAUGGAUGAGAAAUUUCCUUGCCGAGGAGAUAUGUCCCUGUGGACAGACUAUCGCGAUACGAAGGGACUUGGUUAUGGACCAUUUACAGAGCAGGGGGAGAGUUGGUACAACCUGAGGGCAAUUCUGAACAAGCGCAUGCUGCAUCCCAGAGAUUCAGUCCAGUACGGGGGAGUGAUCAACGAAGUGGUCACCGACCUUAUCAAUAGGAUCUACUAUCUGCGGCAGAGCAGCUCUACUGGAGACCUGGUGUCCAACUUGUCCAAUGAAAUGCGUCGAUUCUCCCUAGAGGGUAUCUCCUCCAUCCUGUUUGAGAUGAGAAUCGGUUGUCUGGAAAAGGAAAUUCCAGCAGACACACAAGAGUUCAUCAACUCCAUAAGUCAGAUGUUCUCCAACAGUAUGCCUCUAACGGUUUUGCCCAAAUGGAGCCACAAAUUCCUGCCUUACUGGGGACGCUACAUUGCAGGUUGGGAAGGCAUCUUCACAUUCGCUGGAAAAUUGAUUGACAAGAAGAUGAAGGAAAUUGAACAGCAGUUGGAGAAGAAUGAGGAUGUGGAAGGCAGAUACCUAUCACACCUUCUCUCCAAUACUCAGAUGGCCUACAAGGAUGUGCAUGGCAGCAUUGCUGAGCUGUUAUUAGCUGGAGUGGACACGACAUCCAAUACCAUGAUGUGGGUUAUGUACCAACUGUCCCGUAACCCUGAAGUCCAGAACAUACUGUACGAGGAAGUAUCCAGAUGCAUACCCAAUGACCAUAUCCCCUCUGUUGAGGAGGUUAACCGUAUGCCAUAUCUAAAGGCUGUCAUCAAGGAGGCACUGAGGUUGUAUCCUGUAGUUCCUAUGAAUGCAAGAAUCAUCACAGAAAAGGAGAUUGUUAUUGGUGGAUAUCGUUUUCCAAAAAGGACUACUUUCACGCUUUGUCACUAUGCCGUCAGUCAUGAUGAGAAAACAUUCCCGGAACCAAAGAAGUUCAAGCCAGAAAGGUGGCUCCGUGAUGGCCGGGUUCGUCCAAACCCCUUUGCCUCUAUCCCAUUUGGGUUUGGGGUCAGAGGUUGUGUUGGCCGCCGAAUUGCCGAGGUUACGAUGUAUCUGUCUCUGGUUCGAAUAAUCAGGCUCUUUGAAAUCAAACCGGACCCCACAAUUGGAGAGGUGAAAAGCAUCAAUUAUUCCAUCUUAGUCGCAGAUCGUCAAGUAAAUCUACGCUUUCUGGGGAGAAAAGACAAAACUUUUGCCUGAUAACUUUUUGUGGAUUGGCUUGAAUGCAAGUGAAAUAUCCGAGCCAAGAAAGGCUGUUUUUGUACUGUAUAUUUUAAAGAGUAUGGUGAAUUUAGAGAACAAGAGAAGAUGAAGGACUCAAACCUGUAUUUUAAAAUUAAUAUGUCAUCAAACCAUUGUUUUAAAAUUAACUAAAAGAGUGACUUUAGGACUGACAGAACAAAGCGGUAGGCCCUACUUUGACCGUUCUUAUGCAUGUGCACAAAUCUCUUCAUUUCCGGCGAUGUUGUUUUUGAAUUUUAAAGGGAAACCACUCACAGAAUUGAUGAAUUGAAAGUUGACUAACCCAAACCUUUUCUCACUUCUUUUGUAGUAAAUAAACCUCUAUGGUGUUUUUGUCAGUUCUUAGAACAUAUGGUGUUGUCAUUUUGUAUAGUAGGCCACACAGAGUUAUCAGUGUUCAUUCCUAAUAGGCUUGCUUAUAUUUCUGGAACUGAAAAUAGAUUGAACAAAUAAAAUCAGUUAUGUGAU